CAGGUAAUGCAUUAUCUAGGUCAAGAGAACAUUUUCACAUUCAAUAUGACAGCUGUUUUUUGUUUGUAAUACAGGACAGAAAAAAAUCUAAUAUAACUUGAUUUAUCCCUAAAUAUUUGCAUGGUUAGAAUAACUGACUUAUUCUUUUUUACAGCUGUGUAUGAUUCUGGUUUUUAUUUUUUGUGGAAUUAUUGUUUUUAGCUGCAGCGUGUUUUUUCUAGAUAUGUGUACAGCAGAGUGCAACAGCAGCUGGAAUGAAAGCAGCUUUGACUUGUUGGACCUGGACAGUUCUGCCUUACUGAGGAUGAAUAUUGGACUAACCUUAACUCAGAUGUUUGUGUGGCCUUUUCUCCUCAUCAACAUCCUCAUGCUUUUCACUUUCUACAGGAAACAGGCUUUCAGAACUGAGACCCGUUAUAUACUGUUUGCUCACACCUUACUGACUGACGUGAUUUUUCUUUUACUGACGGAUCUUCAGGUCAUUCUCAAAUACAAUGUUGUUCAGAUGCCUGUGUCAUUCUGUAUUCCACUGUGUAUUCUAAUAGAGGUAGUUAAUACCUGCACCCCGCUAACAAUCACUGCAAUGUGUGUGGAGCGCUAUGUAGCCAUCUGCAUGCCUCUGAGACACAGUGCCAUCUCCACCACCAGCAGAACAAUUAAUGUUAUUCUUAUUAUCUGGAUCAUGAGCUUUAUAGUACCGUUUAUGGAUGUUCUCAUUCUUAUUGUAUCUGUACCAGAAGAGUAUUUUAUAGAGCCCAUUUUCUGCCAUUAUGAUAUUAUGAUGCCGGAGCACUGGCACCGUGCCAUGAGAAGUAUCCUGUAUGUUAUCGAUUUUUUUAUUAUUUUACUGAUUGAGUUUUUUUGCUAUCUGAUGAUAAUGAUUGCUGCACGCAGAGCCUCUGUUGAUAAAAAGUCUGCAGCGAAAGGGCUUAGAACUGUCUCACUGCACAUGAUUCAGCUCAUUCUCUGCACUGUUCAAUCUGUGUGUCCCUAUGUAGAAGCAGAAAUCAUAGAAAUAGAUUUUACGUUAUAUUUAUCAGUCCGACUUUUCAAUUUUCUUACAUUUAACAUCAUCGCCAGAGCAAUUACUCCACUUGUUUAUGGCAUCAGAGAUGAGACGUUUUGUGCUGCCCUGCUGCAUUAUAUCAAAUGUAGACAAAAUCACAUCUCAUCAGAAAAGAAAGAACCAAACUUUUAAGUUUUCUGAAAUUCAAUAUUGCUACUAUAAAACAUCUCACAUGAAUAUUAAAGCUAUAUUUAUUAAAUAUAUAAGUACAGAACUAGGACACUCUUAUGCUUUAUUGUCUGCUAUGUUUUAUCUACACUUCCUAUAAUUUUUUUCAUGUUUAUCAGGUACAAGUAAUAAUACUUUACAUACUUUUUACAUACUUGAUUUAAAAUAAAUGAUUCAAAGCUUAAACUAGUCUUAAAGGCCAUGUUCUGUUUAAGCCCACUUCAGUGUUCAACAUUUUUUACAUUUAUUUC